AUUAGAUUUUUUGAAGAUCCGACGCUAUAUUUUAUUUUUAAAGAUUCGUACACCAUAACGGUUAAUGGAAAACGUGUUUCCACCGCGAAUUCCACCUCAGCUGCUAGGGCGAAAAGGGUACGCAUGGAUAUGGUGAAGACCUCUGGGUUUGUGGAAUUAUCGUCAUCGUCGAAUAGGAUAAUAGUUUGGUACUAUGCCAAAAAUACCGGUAAUGUACAGAUUUACCAAUAAUUUCUCCGCUCUCUCGAGCCCGAGCUGAAAAAAUUAUUGAAAACACGCGUUCAGCAAGGGCCGAUAAAAUUUAAUCUGAAGCUCGAGGCGACCUACAACCGACCUAACGUCGCAAACUCAUCGGAGAAUAGGGCUUUCAAGACCUCAGCAACAGAAAUUUUAAUUGAAAGUAAUAUUACAGAGGUAAUUGAGAGGGCAUAUAUUAAGUUAAUGACAGAGGCAGAGGAGUAUAAAUCACGCGGAAGUGGUUUUACCCUAGAGUCCAUAGACGGGUUAUUGUUAGGUAUAUAUAAGUAUACACCGAUGGCUGCCUCCUCAUUCAUAAAGUUACCAGCAUAUAUAGAUAGAAAACGAGCUACAAUAAACCCUCAAAACAAUGACCAGCAUUGUUUCAAGUGGGCGAUUUUGGCGAAGCACGUAACUGGAUCAAAUAAACAUCGUGUUGAGGAAAAUUAUAGGCAACAAGUGGUCAAAUAUAAUUUUGAAGGUUUAUCAUUCCCUACUCCAAUAUCUGACGUGAAGAAAUUUGAAAAUAAUAACCCGAACGUCACUGUGAAUGUCUAUGGAUUAGACAAAAAGUUCCAGCCACCGCGUAAAUAUCCGACGUACGAGGUGUACCCGCUACGUGUCGUUGAUGAGGAGAAAGCCAACCACUUUGAUCUGCUGUUGGUAGCAGACGAAAUCUGGUCGCAUUAUGUUUACAUCUCCAAUUUGUCCCGCCUGAUACGUGCUCAGAAAACUAAACACACUGAGAGAGUCGUAUUUUGUAAAAGGUGCUUUACCACCAGCUUCGACAAUCAAAUAUAUAAACGCAAGCUGAGUGGGCAGGAAGCGUUGAAGCAGCAUAAGUUGAUUUGCGGGGCGCAUAAGCCAAUUCUACCUAAAAUGCCUAAGGAGGGUGAGUGUCUGAAAUUCGAGGCGUGGAAAAACACACAGAGACACCCAUUUGCCAUCUACGCUGAUUUUGAGACACUGCUAGUUAAGACGGACGAGGUGAAGGGAAAAAACAUGAAGAUUGUUCACAAACAUGAGGCUAUGAGAUAUGGUCUCAUUGUGAAGGCGAGUGAUGAUGUACCGACGGAGCUAUUGAGUGAACACAACAUACCAACAGCACCAAUUAUCUACCGAGGAAGUGAGAGUCGUCCUGAUGUGGCGAGACAUUUCGUUGAUACCGUGACGGAUAUAUCGUUAAAGAUUGAAAAAUUAUUUAAGACCAAUAUAGCCAUAAACAUGUCCGCGGAUGACGUCCAGGCCCAUGAAGCAGCAACGUAUUGCAAUUUAUGUGAAAUCGAGUUCAGCCCUCCCUCGGAGAUACUAUUUCGUAAGACAGCCGACCAUUGCCAUCUCACAGGAAAAUACCGUCAAGCUCUCUGCAAUGUAUGCAACCAAAAACUACGAACACCCGUUUUUGUACCGUGCUACUUCCAUAACUUGUCCAACUAUGACGCGCACCUGAUAGUGACAGAACUUGGUCACGACACUGAAGCUAUUACCGUGAUACCGAAUAGCGAGGAAAAAUUUAUAUCGUUUUCCAAAUACGUGUCAAGCAAAUUUUCGAUUCGGUUCAUUGAUACUUUCCGCUUCAUGGCAACGAGUCUAUCUUCACUCGCUAAAAAUCUGAUAACACCAGGUUUUGAAAACUUUCGUGAAACAGCUAAAGUGUUUACUAGAGACGAUAUGCCGCUCGUUACACGGAAAGGGGUGUACCCGUAUGAGUAUACGUAUAGUUGGAGCAGGUUGGACGAGACGAGUUUACCAAGGAAGAGAGACUUUUACAACACAUUGACCGAGUCGGGGAUAAAGGAGGAAGAGUUCGAUCACGCCAAGGAGGUCUGGGACCACUUCAAUUGCAUGACGUUAGGUGAGUACAGCGAUCUGUACUUGAAAAUCGACGUGUUGUCUUUGAAAAUUUUCGUGAUGUGUACAUAAAGAUGUACAACUUGGACGCGGCGUAUUAUUUUACUGCACCAGGAUUAAGUUUUGACGCGAUGUUGAAGUUUAUUGGGAAAAAGUUGGAGCUGUUGAGUGAU